AUUAUCAACACUGAGAACGACACUCCAGGCUCACCAUUGUCUCAAAAAGAGAAGCUAUUCACUCGGAAUCAUGCUCAAAGCUGGAAUCGUGGUCGUGGCAAUUUUGGCCACACUCUUCCAGGUCUUCCUGAAGGAUGCCGUCUGGAUGGGCCUUGGCAUCGGCAAGACCAUCCAACCUCUCUCCGACUUUCCAUACACCUGCCGACGCAUCGAAGACCCUCGACUGGAAGCAUGUGAGGAUAUGUGGCUGUCCGAGACAACCCGGCAACUGUUUCUUGCCUGCUCGGACUCAGACAGCCGGUCUAAAUGGAUCCCGAACGGUGGGAAGUAUGAUCCCUCUGGACAAUCCCAGCGGGAUGCUAUAGUUGCCCUAGAUCUUGAUCUUCCACACCUCGACGCGUCCAGCGUUCGCGUUCUCAGGACUGAGGGAUACACCGGCACCGCUGGAGACCGCCUGCUGAACCUUGUUGGUUUUACCGGCUUCGAGUCGACUGAGCAGGGCGAGGAAACAAUCACAUUGUUCGCUGUGAAUAACCGCCCUCCCAUUGAUCCGCGUACGGGAAAACCGAAUAUCAGCCCAGGUCAAAUUGGAGCCAAUUCCACAAUCGAGGUCUUUGAGACUGGCGCCGGCGCCACUUCGAUGAAGCACAUCCGCACCUACGCCAAUGAUGCCGUCGCGACGCCCAACCGCGUGGCCGCUCUCGCUAGAGACCUGUUUUACUUCACGAACGACCACGGACAGGACAAGGUUGGAAUCAAGCACCAGUUGGGGUUCAUCCUCAAGACAGGCGACGUCAAUGUUUGCACCGCAUCUGGAGGCUGCAGAAAGAUCGCCGACCAACUUAAGUUUCCCAACGGCCUCGCUCUCGGUCGCGAUGGACUUCUCUACGUCCCAAGCGUAGGUACAGGUGGAAUUCAUGUCUACCGGAUCCUCGAAGACCACAGCAUCAAGCAUGUUCAAGAGAUCAAAACCGGAUACAGCAUCGACAACCUCUCUGUUGAUCAAAAUGGCGACAUUUUCGUUGCUGCGUUUCCAGUCGCUUUCGACAUGGUGAAGGCUUUCGAUGACCCACGCAACUCUUCUCCAGCCGCCGCUGUACUGCGCGUGAGCAAGGGUGAGAAGGGAUAUACUGUCGACAAAGUGCUUGAAGAUGCGCGCGGUGAGGUACUUCCUGCGGCUACGACGGCUCUUCAUGAUGUCAAGACGGGCAGGCUUUUUCUGAGCAGUGUCCUUUCGCCCUUCAUCGCCGUUUGCGAGCCAAAGCAGUAAGAUCAGCGGGCUCCAAAAACUCAAUUGGUCGUGGUUGUGUAUCAAACACCGAACCAAAGGAACUGUUCGCAAGAUGAAAUCGGGUGUCAGCUAUCGACCUGGCUGUGGAAAUGACGUGAAGAUCGCCGCAUCGUUGGCCAGCACGAUAUCUAUAUUUAGAAUAGAAAUUUCGGAGCAGCUAAGAAUUUCUGCUGGCCAGGCAAAUCCAUGAAAUCCUAUCAGCUCACGGCGAACUCGAUCAACAAGGGAUGCUGGCCCCGACUGUAGCCGCAAUAGACGCCCUGCCAGCUUGG